AUGUGGAGCCCACAAAAAGGUCCUACACGGCUGUGGGACCUUAGAUUUAGUAGCUGUAUAUUUAUUUUACAUUUAAUGUUUAGUUUAGUCAUAGCUGGUAAUGAACUGUGGCCCAUGGAUCGGCCAGAUGGUAUGCCAAACAUAGUUUCACUGGAGGUCAUGUGUGGUAAGGAUCAUAUGGACGUACAUUUGACGUUCUCCAAUCCCUUCGAAGGCAUUGUUAGCUCCAAAGGACAACACAGUGAUCCGCGUUGUGUGUAUGUGCCACCAUCGACGGGCAAGACGUUCUUCUCGUUCCGCAUCUCGUACUCACGCUGCGGCACCAAACCGGAUCUCAACGGCCAGUUCUAUGAGAAUACGGUAGUCGUGCAGUAUGACAAGGAUCUGCUGGAGGUCUGGGACGAGGCGAAGCGUUUGCGCUGCGAGUGGUUCAACGACUAUGAGAAGACCGCCUCCAAGCCCCCGAUGGUAAUUGCCGAUUUGGAUGUAAUACAGCUUGACUUUCGCGGCGAUAAUGUUGAUUGCUGGAUGGAGAUACAACAUGGCAAGGGACCCUGGGCGCCGCCGGUGAGCGGCAUUGUGCCACUGGGAUCGACGCUCACCUUGGUGGUGGCCAUCAACGACUAUCGCGGUGAAUUUGAUAUGCGCGUCAAGUCGUGCGUCGCCUCGGACGGCUCGGGACAUGUCAUCAAUCUAUCGGAUGAGUUUGGCUGUGUGCUGCGUCCCAAGAUGAUCUCACGCUUCCUCAAGGCGCGCGCACCCGAUGAGCGCGCCACGGUCAUAACCUAUGCCUUCUUCCAUGCCUUCAAGUUUCCGGAUGCGCUCAGCGUGCACAUCAAGUGCAAGGUCGAGAUUUGCCGACACGGCUGCCUGGAUCACUGCCAGAACACGGCGGCCGGCGAGGGGCUAGGCCCGGCCAUUGGCAAUGCCCACGAGCGCAAGGAUGUGCACAUCGGUGAUGCCAUGGGCAGCAGCAGCAACAAUGAUAUGCACAGAGAUCUGGCCAUGCCGCCGGCCAACCUGGGUCACGGUCCGCAGUCCGGACACCAUGGCCUGGGCAUGGGCUUGGGCAUGGGCAUGGGUAUGGAUCAUGACAUCUUCUACGAGGACAUCAUACACGAUCACAAACAGACCAUGGGCGGCGGUGCUGGCGGCGGCGGCGGUGGGCCUGAUCUGUACGAGGAGAAGAGCGGCAAUCUGCAGCCGCGACCCGUGCACGAGGACCCCGAUGAGGAGGCCGAUCUGUCCGAUCUCUUUGGCGACGAUGAUUUGAGCGAUAUGGAUGGCGACGGUGAGCGCUAUUUGGGACUUAAGAAGAGCGGCAAAUUUCCGCACGGUCCACGCCAGCUGGAGGCGCAAAAGCGCAUGGGCGUGCCCAUGGCCGGACCGCGCUCUCUGGAGCCGAAAUCUGAGCUGGAUGAUGUGCCGCGUCCCGUUUACCGGCCACAGGCGGAGGCAUUGAAACAAACGCGCGAUGAUCACAUUGAUCUCGACGAGCCAAAUGCCAACAGCUCCACAGAGUCGACGGCGACACAGACGCAGACACAGACGCCGCAAGGCAGCAGCCGCCGGCGUCGUCGAUCCUUGGUCAUAGCGGAUCGCAAGGUGCGCAGCGCCGAUGUCGGCGUCAGCGGGCUGUACGAUGUCAUCUCUGAGGCGGAUCUGGCCUUCUCGCCGGACUCCAAACAGGAGGCGGUCACCGUCUUUCAGGGCAAGAUCAGUGAGGAGGUCGUCUACGGCAUUUGCAUGCCGGUGCCCGGCUUCAGCAUACUCUUCAUCGUGGUCAUCUCGGCGACCAUUGUCUCGGCGCUAAUUGCCGGCUCACUGCUCUAUCGCUAUCAGCUGCAGAAGGAGGCGCUCGAGAAGCAGACGCCCAUGCCCGUGCCGGGCACACUGGCCUCCUGGAUGACGCUGCGCCUCUUCCGCUUGCGACACCUGCAACAACAGCAGCAGCAGCAGCAGCAACAACAGCAGCAGCAACAGUUGCCCAGCGCCACUGCUGGCCAUGAAACGGUGCAGUGAGGGAUCGCUUCUAGUUCCCUGCCCCUGUCCCUGUCCCUGCCCCCUCAAGCCUAGCCCCAAUCCUGCUGCAACAGUUUUAACUUAUUUAUUUAUACUAUAUAUAUUUUUUUUGUUUUUUUUGUUUAACCACAAAGAAAAUGUCCUACUGACUGGCGGGUUUUGCACCUGCACCUUUUCCAAACUCAGCACAGAUAGAAGACAAAUUAAGUAGAAGAAGUAGCCACAAAGAUAGAGAAGAAACAGAAUGGAAUGGAGCACGUUUUCAUUUCAGGAAACGCAAUGGAAUGGAACAUGCAUGCAAUUGAGUAGAAACCGAAUGGAAUGGAAUGGAAUGGCAUGGAUAAAGCUUUCUUUCACUCGUUAACUUUGGAAUAGAAAUAGAAAACAAAAUGCAAUGAAAUAUACAUCCGACGAUGUCCAAAUUCGUUAGUAAGUAACAGAGAGAAAGAGAGCGGAAUUUAGUAUGUUUUCCAUUCAUUCGCAAGUUAAAGAAGAACAGAAACAUAAUGAAAUGGAGAAUUUCGCUAGAAGAAAUAUAUCAAAGCUUAACAUGCUUCGGCUCAUGUGUGACAAAUAAAUAGAAGGGAACGAAAAUGGCAUGAAACACCGUCGUGUUCACUUUAAAACCUUUUCAGUCCUUAGUUAGCAGCUCGGAAAGUGGGAAAAGCGAAUAGAAUGCAACGUGCAUUGAUUCAUGUGCUAGCUGGAAUGUGGAAUGGAACACGUAUUCGUCCACUCGUUAGUUUCUUACUCGUUAGUUCUUUGCUCUCGUCAGCUGAAACGGGCAACAUGGCAAUACUUGAAGGCAAUUGGUUGGUACCCAACACUCCCAACUGAUCCGAUAGAGAGAUGCGUUCAAUGUCCCGAUCAAGUGUUUUUUUUUUUUUUUUGGUGCUGCAUAAUAUUUAUUUAUUUAUGUGUAUUUUUUUUUACUGGGUGCAUUUAGUCGUAAAAUCUGCAAUAACAUAAACGAAGAAUACAAAUAACAAUAGAGUUUGCCCAAUAUAUACAAUAAACGUAUUUCUAAAUAGAUCAAC